AGGGAGAUGGGAUAGCUGAUGAACUCGGAAUGCUUCUUGACGAGGUCCUUGAGACGGCGCUCCUCAAGGUACUCGAGCUGGUCCUCCUUGAGGUGGAGGGUGAUCUUUGUGCCUCGGCCAAGGGGCUCGCCAGAGGUGUCCCUUGUGACGGUGAACGAGCCUCCAGCCUGAGACUCCCAAACGUACUGCUCAUCAUCAUUGUGCUUGGUGGUGACAAUCACCUUUUCAGCUACAAGGUACGCAGAGUAGAAACCGACGCCAAAUUGACCAAUCAUGCUGACAUCAGCACCAGCAGCAAGGGCCUCCAUAAACUCCUUGGUCCCGGACCGCGCAAUUGUGCCGAGGUUGUUCACAAGGGUGUUGUUGGUCUUGUCGGGGAUGAUGUGGAUGAAAAGCUCUGGUUGUGCAUCAAGCUUGCUCUUGUCUGUCAAGCUCUCAAAGCGGAUCUUGUC